GACAGAAACCCUUUCAAACGUCGUCUUUGUUCGUUGCGACCGUGCGUUUGGCAUUUGGUUAAUCCGUAUCACGUCAUUGGAGCGGCGAGCGUAGCCACCGAUAACCACUGCAGUCAAGAUGUCUUCGCGCAACAAGAAGGUCCUUCUCAAGGUCAUCAUCCUUGGAGAUAGCGGUGUGGGCAAGACGAGUUUGAUGAAUCAAUAUGUCAACAAGAAGUUCAGCGCAAGCUACAAGGCCACUAUCGGCGCCGAUUUCCUAACACGAGAGGUCUUGGUAGACGACCGACAAGUCACGAUGCAGCUCUGGGACACUGCGGGACAGGAGCGGUUCCAGUCACUGGGCGUCGCGUUCUACAGAGGAGCCGACUGCUGCGUCCUCGUAUACGAUGUCAACAACUCCAAGAGCUUCGAGGCGCUGGACAGCUGGCGAGACGAGUUCCUGAUCCAGGCCUCUCCGCGGGACCCUCCCAACUUCCCCUUUGUUGUUCUUGGAAACAAGAUUGAUGUGGAGGAGAGCAAGCGAGUGAUUUCGACCAAGCGAGCCAUGACUUUCUGUCAAUCCAAGGGCGACAUCCCAUACUUUGAGACUAGUGCAAAGGAGGCCAUCAACAUUGACCAGGCAUUUGAGGUUAUUGCUCGAAAUGCCUUGGCCCAAGAAGAGUCUGAGGAAUACAGUGGAGAUUUCGAUGAUCCCAUUAAUAUCCACAUCGACAACGAUCGUGACGGAUGUGCCUGUUAAAUGGGGGAAGACGACAAAGUUGAUUGGAUCGAUACAAACUAGUCAGAGAAAGGGCAUGAAUAAUCAGAGACAAGGAACAUACCCGGCUACGGAGCUGAUGCAUUUACUUAUCGACUGGAAGUAGAGUACGGAGAAACGAGGUCAUGCCGGUGUUUGCGCGGGUAGUAAUAUGUUUUUUCUUUCUUUUUUCCUUUUCCUUUUUUUUUUCUUGCGUCAGGGUUGAAUUUUUUGUGUUUCUCUUU